CAUUAAUCACUCAUUACCUUGGAAUUUUUAUCGCAAUUACCUCUCGAGGGCUUCACGGUUAUCCUCUCGAGUUCCUUCAAUGCCCCUUUUUCAGUACGAGGUAAUUGCGGGGUAAUUAAUUAACAUGACGGGACGAGUGUCGCUCGUGGAACAGAAGAGACUGCAGUGGGCGAAGGAAAAAGAGGAAAUGGCAAGACUGAGUAAUCACUGGGAGUCCGCGAAGAAUUCAACCGCCACGAGAACAACUGUUCGGACACGUUUAUCAUCCCGCGACCCCGCGAUUCGCAAGCCUCUCCGUGCGAGUGAAAAUUACGGCAGCACGACUAGUCUCCGUACUUUGGAGACAGGUUCAACGAGCCUUCAGAGUUUAGACUACACCGGCAGUAUGAUCAAUAUCCUGGAGUGUCCAGAAUUACAAGGGCCGAUACGAAAGAGAAGUCCCAGUCUUCCCCCGAUCCACACGAAGGAGUCCCGUCACUCCAUCCAGGAACUUGCCGGAUUAGAAGUUGAGGGUUCGCGGUACACAAAUUACCGCAGAAGGUAUCCCGGUGAAUCAGGGCGAAACCAGCAUCGCAGUGGAUACGAGGAACGAGAGGGUGAGACAUCCGGUUACGCGAGUGACUCGAUAGAGCCACCCCUAGGCUUCCAAAUGACUGACGUCAAGAGAUUAGCACCACUCGAUAAAUCCCUAGACACAGAGUUGUCUAGACCCUGGCCAAAUCCGUACAGCGAAACGUCAGACACAUCUCCACCAUCGUCGAGACAUUUCUCGUCGCGCCUCGUCGAGCUCAAUCGACCGAGAUGGGGAAGCCUGUGGAAUCAGGAUCAUCAUCAUCCUGAUCCACCCCCACCCUCAUGGCUGGAACGAGGACUCUCCAGACUGGAUCACUCAAGCCAGAUUCUGGUAAUAAAUCACGAGAGUGCCAGCAGCCCAGACAGCUCAACGACAGGCUCCACCGGGUCUGACUCGAAGACGUACCUGAGGGGUCAAAAUAUCCCAGUAGAUGCUCACGUACUACAAGAGCGUGAGGCAAAAAGGCAGAAGGCAUUAGAACUCCAGAAUGCAAUAAAGCAGCAACUGGAGGAGAAAGAUAGAAAGCGUCUAGAGGAGCGAGAGCGAAAGCUCCGGGAGGAGCGAGAGGAGGAGGAGAGAAUUCUCCGGGAGAGGAACAAGGAAAAGGAGAGGUUUGAGGAGGAGCAGAAACGAUUGAAAGACAAGGAAGACGUCAAACUGAAGAAGGAGAUGGCCAUGCGGGAAAUCCUCGAGACCGCGGAGAGAAUCGCCCGGGAGGAGAGACGGCAAAAACGUCAGCGAGACGACGUCAGUGACGUCGGCCAGUUCAAUGGCCCUGAAAUUACAGAAACUAUAAAUACUAAUGAACUAUCAACAACCAGUGAAGCACAACCCAAGGCUGAUCUUCCCCCGGAGAAUUCCCCGAAGGAUAUGGAUGGGGGUGAUAAAAUCGUCGAGGAAAUUAAAGAGGGACACCUUCGGCUGCCCAUCAACAAGGAAGUUGCCAUUGUCCUAACGGGGAGGAUUGAGGACUCUGAUUUCCUCACUGGCUCCAAUCUCCAGCUUCUCAAUCUCAUCGUCAAUUCAACCCCGAGGGAUAGGGAUCAGCCAUCAGGGACUCGUGGGAUUAAUGCCGUUGUCAAGACCAUGGGGAAUUGUCAGACGAACUCAAUGGGCACCAUGUGCUCACCCAGGUUCAGAGAGAAUCGACUUUUGACACCUAGCAAAUAUCGAAACGCAUCUGGCAGGGAUUUUGGUACGCAGACUGAUGGGGAGAAUGACGGUGACGGGGAUAAAGACUCCAAGGACAGGAAGGAAAUCGUUAACACCAGCAGAAGGGAUAUUGAUAAGUCAAUCAGCACCGGCUCGACGGACGAAAAAAAUUCCCGAUCGAAAUCCCAACCGCGUGCCAGCAUCGACGCCCGACCCCGAUGGAACGCCAAUAGGCCCGGUACACGCUAUCGCACGCAGAGCGAAAAGGAUCCGCAUUAUCAAAGGCGAUUAAGGUUGAGGAGACGUCGGGUUGAAUCGAGUGACGAACGAUCGAGAUCGCCGUCGCCGAGCCGUCGAAAAUCCACAAACGUAAAAUCAAAAAUCCGCAAUUCCUCCCGUCGAAAAGUAAAAUUAGAGCAUUACGACGCCGAUCUCUCAAUGGACAGCUUAAACUCAGUGGUUCCUCUGCGAAUCGACGAGCAUGGCCGCAUAAACAUUCAAGUUAUUGAUAAUAAAGAAGUGGCCAGUAACUGUCGAGUUGAAAAAAUGGAAUCACCGAGAAAAUUGGACAUGGGAUGCGGCGAGCAAAUUAUCUCGCAGCUGACAGCAAUGAGAAACGGGCUAUUAUUCAAACAGCAGGAGUGGGACUCCGAGAGAUGUUUGGUAUCACCUAACACCGAUUACUAUUAAUUCACCCGCCUUUGCCGGAGUUAAAAUAAUGAUUUGGUAAUCGAUUGUCUGGGUACCGGCUGAUAAUUUCAUGAAUGGAUACUCGAGAGGAUAAUUACAUUUUAUUGACAAUAAUUCUGCACGGGAAAAUAGAGGAAGUUAGUCGAUUUUCUCCAUUUUACAGAACAAAUUAACUUCGUAUUAUGG